GGAACCACAUGAUUCGGGGCAGGGGUAUGGCGUUGAACUCAAUGUAAACAACAUAGCAGAACGCAAAAAAGUGUUCGUUCAGUUUGGAUUCAGUCGCCAGAAUCAGGCAGAUGUGUGAGGACCGUUUUCGAUCGGUGGGUGUGCGCGGUUUUAGCUUAGGGACACCAGUCGACGCUAAACCUAUAGCUAAUAUUCACUUAGUGCAGAGCCAUAAGUCGAGCAGAUCAAGCUGCCUUGCCAAACGCAAAUGGACUGGAUUUCAUUUUUUCAAUAUUUCAAAUGGUGACGUCACCACUGAAACAACUAAGAAGUGAAUUUAAAAAUGAUGUGCUUCUGGAGUGAAAUUCGAUUGUGAUAACGUAGUUCAAAUCUCCUUCGAUAAGGUUUAUUACUACGAAAUCGCCCCUGCCAUCAUAACUUCCGAUUACGGCUCAACGAAUGAGGUCAUUCAACGAAAAAUAUGGAUCUAAACUUCAAGUGUCCACUGUGCCCUACGUACUUUGAUACGCAAGAAGAACUCUCUGAACAUGUGCAAGCAAAUCAUGCCUCCUACUACGAUACCUAUCUGAUACCACCGGCGCUGAUUUUUCCCGGGGAAUCCACUGCAGUGGUAGCCAGUGAAGCUCCUGCCACGGUUAUUACUACCGAACCGGUAUCUACCGCAGACGUAUUAAUCGAACCGGCCCCAGUUCCAGACGACGGAUGCUGCGAAUGCGACUGUUGUGAUUGCUGCGGUGGAGACAUUGGUGCAGAUGCAGGUGGUGGCGAUGGAGGUUGUGGGGAUUGCGAUUGCGAUUGUGACUGCGUGAUAAUGUAGUAGAGAAAGAAAUGGGUGUGCAGUGACGUUAGUAUUAGUUGUUCAGAAAAAAAAGUGCCAGAGAGGAAUUUCUUGUUUAUGUUUAGGUGCACACGAUGCCGAACGAUUUACACAUAAGUAUUUUUUAUAUUGAAAUGUUUUAGCUGCUAUUCAUAUUUUGAAUCGUUGUUCUUCUGUAGGUUAACAAGAAUACUCAGACUAACCUAGACCAUAUGUAUUUAUUGAAAGCUCAAAUAAAGCGAGUUGCAAUUUUGAAUUUGA